UGUUUUUAAAUGCAAGUGAAAAAAAUCAUUUACCUUUAAGGUUAUAAUUUUCAUCAUACUAAUAAACGCAAACUAUAAAUAAGACGAAAAAUCUCAAAAUCAUCUCCCCAAUACUUUUGCAUCAUAAUUUCUCAGUUAAUGCAGUGAUUGAGGACAUUCAUUGAAUUUGUUCAACCGCAAUGGAAGAUCCUCAAGUGACAACUCUGUACGAACAAUCGGCAGUGGAGCAGGAUGAUGACAUGGUUACUAGGGAAAACGAGCAGACUCAUAUGUACGUGAGAACUCCCGGUUCCCAUCAUGCUGCGCGAGUACUGCAGCCCGACAAUCCCCUCAUGAUACGUUUCCAAGCUGCACUCAAAUCUCAUUUAACCCGACAAAAUAGAAGACUUGACGAGGAAAUUGUAGGACUUAAACUAUCCCUGAAAGAAUGUCUGAAGACUUGCGAAAAUGAUAUUGAAGUCCGAGAUUCGGAUCAACAGGCUGUGUUUCGACAAAACAUUGUUUUUGAUAAAGAGAGAGAGACAACGGAAGCGUUGAUCAUAGACAGAGAAAAGAUUGAAACCGAUCUGAAAGCUGACUUGGGCAUUCACAAAGAGACAAAUAUAAUACUUACUAACACAACAAAUAAAGAGGAGGAACUGCGCCUUGAGAAAGAAUCAUUGGCAGCACUCAUCACGCAGUUCUCAGAAUGGGAGCAAAGCCAGAAUUCCGAGAUCACUAUAGCUCAACGUAUUUCUGAGAAAAACAAAACCGACAGAAAUGUGUACACCCAGGAGAAGAUUUAUCAGGAUCUACUGAUAGUCUCUCUUACGUCAGAAGUGUUGAACCUCACCACCAAGCUGGGAGAGCUGGAGAAGCACAUCAAACAGAAACAGUCUGAAGUGGAGGUGGUGCAGCAGUCUGUCGCAGAUGGAAACGCAGAUCUGGAGGCUCUGGAGAGAGAGAACAAGCGGCUGAUGCAGGUCUGGAGUCACGUCAUCCUCCAGAUCCAGCAGAGGGACCAAGUCAUGGGGGAAGUGAAGGUGCAGCUCAUAAAGGGGCAGGAGCAGUACAGACAGUUGGAGUGCCAAGUGGACAGCUACAAGAGGUCCAGUGCUGUGGAGAUCAAACGCAACGAAAGCCUGACACAGACUCUGCUGAGGCUGGAGGGGGAUCAGGAGGUGCUGUCUAGGACAUACUCCUCAGAGGAGGACAAGCAGCACAAACUGCGAGAGACCCUUGUCCACCUGGCCAACAGUCUCAAGCUCACCCAGGCAGAUCUCGAUAAGAUCAUUGCGGACUCGAGGGAUAAGGAUGCCCAGUGUGCAGUGGUCCAGGCUGAGAUAGAUAAACUGCUGCAGCUCAAGUAUCAGCUGGAGGAGAAGCUGCUGACUAAGUUACAUCAGCAAGUGGUCCUGAGCAAGGCAGAGAAACAUACAUCCAAGCUCAUCUCUAACUUGCGCACCAGUGCUCGGACUCUGGAAGCCCAGCUGGCUGGUGCCCAGAAUGAACUAGCGAGAGUGCUAUUGUGUAUCGAGCAAGAGAACAAACAGUUGAAGGAGUACAAUAUCAACCUUGACGAUGAGAAAAUGUUGUAUGCUGCUCGAGAGAAAGAACUGAAAGCAUCGGAGAACGGACUAAAACAACAAGAGUCCGUUAUCACAUGGAAGCAGCGCCAAAUAGCAAAUGUCAACGUUCAGAUAGCCGCAAUCAACCAACGAAGCCAGGGGUUGGAAGAGACGGCAGAUGAGCUACAGGUGACGUACCUCGAGCGAGGGCUGGCCCAGAUCAUAAACAACAUCGAGGAACUACACAAAGCUUGGAUGAGAGAACAGAGUCGCAUCGUCACAUUGACACAACAACGCAACUCGCUCCUCAACCAGCUGAGCGUCUACCACAAGCAGAUUUUGGUAAUGAAGCAGAAACAACUGAAAACGGAGUUUGAAAUUGACCGUCUCAAAAAAGAGGAGACGAACAUACAGCACCUGGUCAGCUCCCUGGAGAAACGUCUGACAGGUCUGAACUUGCAGUGUAGCGAACGCAAGGGGUACAAGGAGAACCUCAACAACCUCAACUUGGCGGCUCAGAACCAGCUGAUAUGUGACCUCAAGGAUGCAGAAGUAAAGGCCCUGACCCUACAAGAGGACAUGUGCUACCUGGAGAUAGAGAAGGAGGAGCUCCGAGGAGAGAUAGUGCAGGCCCAGCGGGAUCUGUUAGCUUGGGAACGCAAGUUGCAGAUGGCUACGGAGGUCAAACAGAACAUUGACAAGUCCAAAGCUGAGGGUGGAGAGAUUGCAGUCAUGAAGUCCGAAAUCCACCGUAUGGAGGUAAGGUAUGCUCAACUGCAGAAAGUUCAGGAGAAGCUCGCUCACGACAUGGAGAUGUGCAUAUCUCGACGAGAUGGAAUCGUAGAACUGGCACAGGCCAGAGAGAAACGGAGCACAAAACGAGCACUCUACACCCGCCAGCAGUUUCUCAAGAAACUGGACGAUUUGCAGACAAAGAUCAAGCAAACAAACUCUGAACUGAAGUCAGUGGACAAGACAUACAACAGCUCAGACGACCAUAUGCACGAACUCACAGACAGGAAACAGUACAAGAGAAAUCAGCUGUCUGAGCUGCAAGGAGCAGUGUCGCAGAUGCAAGCACAACUGGCCGAGGGACAGCUUCACAGGCAAAAGAACCUGGAGAUGCUUGUGCGAAAACAACGGAAAGCCAGACAGUAUGGAGAGCUGAAGGCAGGUCGGUACAGCCUACAGUUUCGACAAGAGAGUGUCCUGGAACUCGAAACACAAAAGCAGAAAGCCGUCAACUCGGAUUUAGUCUCAAUUGUCGAAUCAAUAAAUACAGACUUUCCAAUCCUAGCAACUCCAAUCACACAAAUCCUCAACACUCUUCGAUCACCUGCUGCGUAAUUAAUUGUCUAGAUAACAUUAACAAAUAAAUUUUAUAUUGUAAAAUAAAUGUAAACUAAACCGUGUGCUAAAUCAA